AUGGCUCGCCUCCACUGGGCACUCACUUGCGCCCUGGCCCUGCUCCUCGCCCCCGGGGCCCUGGGCGCGUCCCUCAAGGCCGGCGGCCUGACCGCCUACGACCGCCGUGCCCUGGGCGAGCAGGCCGCUGCCUCUGCCAACGCCAACAUCAUGGCUUUUGGCGGCCGCACGGCCGGCUUUGCCCCCUCUGACCGCGCCCCCAUCACCAACUUUGGCGGCAUGACCACCUUCACCAACGCCGGCGUGGGCUUCAACGGCGGCACCACCACCAGCUUUGACAACUUUGGCAACCCCGUCGCCAACGAGGGCGGCCGCGGCCAGAUCUUCCGCCACUUGGGCGAGCAGGCCGCAGCCUCUGCCGAUGCCAACAUCAUGGCUUUUGGCGGCCGCACGGCCGGCUUUGCCCCCUCUGAUCGCGCCCCCAUCGCCAACUUUGGCGGCAUGACCACCUUCACCAACGCCGGCGUGGGCUUCAACGGCGGCACCACCACCAGCUUUGACAACUUUGGCAACCCCGUCGCCAACGAGGGCGGCCGCGGCCAGAUCUUCCGCCGCCUGGGCGAGCAAGCUGCCGCCUCUGCCGAUGCCAACAUCAUGGCUUUUGGCGGCCGCACGGCCGGCUUUGCCCCCUCUGACCGCGCCCCCAUCACCAACUUUGGCGGCAUGACCACCUUCACCAACGCCGGCGUGGGCUUCAACGGCGGCACCACCACCAGCUUUGACAACUUUGGCAACCCCGUCGCCAACGAGGGCGGUCGCGGCCAGAUCUUCCGCCGCCUGGGCGAGCAGGCUGCUGCUGCAACCGUUAACGCCCAGGGUGGCGCGGCCUUCACUGACGGCGCCAACCCCACCAUAGUCUCCAGCAGCCCUCCUGCCAAUGCUGGGGCGGCCAUGAACCAGGCCACUUUUGCGCAGCAGCAGCAGUGGGCGCAGCAGGCCGUGGGUGGAUUUCAGCAGCAGCAGCAGUGGGCGCAGCAGAUGAUGGACGCCACGCCGCAGAUGCAGCAGUGGCAGCAGUUGCAGCAGCAGCGGCAGAACGCCGUUGCUGCUGCCGCGGCCGCCAAGUCUGCCGGCCAGGGGAGUGAGCAGGGCCUGCCCAAGGGUGUUGCCGCCCCCACGCAUCGCCCGUGA